GUGCAAUCUGUUGGUGAUGUCGGCCGCAGCCAAGCUGAGCGCGUGGGAGGUGUGCAUUGGUCUCGAGAUCCAUGCGCAGAUCCAGUCAGUCUCCAAGCUCUUCUCUGGUGCGAGCGCAGCGACGAAAGGCUCGCUCGUGCCCAACACGCGCGUCUCGUUCUUCGACGCCGCCCUGCCUGGCACACUCCCGAGCGUGAACGUUGCCUGCGUGCAGCAAGCCGUGCGCACGGCCCGCGCGCUCCAGAGCGACGUCCAGCUGCGCAGCGUCUUUGAGCGCAAGCAUUACUUCUACUGCGAUCUCCCGCUCGGGUACCAGAUCACGCAGCAGCGCGCGCCGAUCGCAACCAACGGCGUGCUCAAGUUCCAGGUCCAGGAAGCGACGCCGGUCGUGCAGACCAACUUUACGAGCCGAAAGGAGAAAAACGCCGCGUCGAAGAAGGCAGCGACCAAGGCCGAUGACGAGUGGGUCGAGAAGAGCGUGCGGAUCAACCGCAUCCAGAUCGAGCAGGACUCGGGGAAGAGCAUCCACACGCUGGACGCGACGCACGUCGACCUCAACCGCGCAGGCACGGGCCUCAUGGAGAUCGUCUUUGAGCCGGAUCUUCGCAGCGCGGCCGAGGCCGGCCAGGUGCUCCGCGAGGUGCAGCACUUGCUGCGGCACAUUGGCACGUGCGACGGCAACAUGGAGGAGGGUUCGAUGCGCUGCGACCUCAACGUGAGCGUGCGGCCCAAGCCAAGCACACUGGAAGAAGAGACGAGCAUUCCAUUUGGCGAGCGGGUCGAAGUCAAGAACAUGAACAGCAUCAAGAACCUCGUCAAGGCCGUCGAGUACGAGAUGGAGCGCCAGGUUGACCACAUUCUCGCCACGGGCACGAGCAUCACCAAGGAAACGCGCACGUUUGAUGCGGCGACAGGCAUGACGAAACGCAUGCGCACCAAGGAAGGUGCCAAGGACUACCGGUUCUUCCCCGAGCCGGACCUUCCGCCGCUCGUGAUUACGCCGGCGUUUGUCGACGACGCACUUGUGACGUUGCCAGAGCUACCAGAAAAGAUGAAGGCGCGGCUCCGCGCGACGUACGGUCUCUCGGCCUACGAAGCGUCGGUCCUUGUGCUUACGCCGUCGGCCGUGGACUUUUUCGAAGCCGUUUGCGCGGUUAGCUCGCGACCGCACAAGCUCGUGGCCAACUGGGUGCUGAACGACCUCUUCUCGCUCCUCAAAGCAACCAACGCGGGCAUUGCUGAGAGUACCGUGUCGCCCGACCGUCUUGGGCAGCUCGUAGAUCUCAUCGUUGACGAGACGCUUUCGGGCAAAAUGGCCAAGGUCCCCUUAUUUUAUUUUAUUGAAAAGGGUUGGAUAAUGGUGGAUGUAGGAACUUAUCGAGCUCAUGUACUACGAAGACAGCCGACCGGCCGCGACAAUUGUGCAGGAGAAGGGCUGGGCGCAGAUCACGGAUGUGGCCGAGCUCACGCGCUACUGCCAAGCCGUGCUCGCCGAGCCUAAAAACCAAAAAAAUGUCGCAGCGUACCGCGGCGGGAAGGCGCAGCUCUUCGGCUUCUUCAUCGGCCAGGUCAUGAAGGCGUCCAACGGCCUCGUGCACCCCGAGAAGGUCAACGACAUCAUGCGGGCGCUCCUUGAGGCGUCCACGGACGCUUGAAGAAAUUCAUCGCGAUAGACAUACCAUGAAAAUGUACACCUUUGUGCAGAGAGUA